AUGGAUGAUGCCAGAUUUAAACCAAUCUGCUUCUUCGCUAUCUCUUUGUUCCUGGGAUUCUCAUUUAUUCUGGUGGGCCCGACUAUCUUCCAGAAAUUAUUUUUUGGACAGUUAGGCACUGACAAUAAUUUUACGGAAAUAUGGUCAGUGUUUUUUGGCCGGGGAUUAGGUGCCAUAAUUGGCUACUACAUGGGUUUGUACAUCAUACCGAAAUCGAACACCAUGCUUUGGAUGACUCUUGCGCUCUUGAUUUUGGCUUUCUCAGUUGGAGCCAUAUCGUUCUGCACUGAUUUCAAUAUGAUGUUGAUUGUCCUUGUUACUCAGGGAUUGAGUGCUUCUGUCACUAGAACAAGUCUCCAAAAUUUGUCUAAGUCAAUGUAUGGAUCAAGCCCUCCGAGAAAUCAUGCUAGCUUCACUUACAUGUCCUGGGCUCUUGGAUGUGUUCUUGGUACACUGCUAAUUCUCAUGUUUCCUGUCAGUAGGACGGUCAUUAAUGAUGAUGCAUCCACUUUGUAUGUUACUUCAAAUGUGUUGAAAUCUAACAUUACAAUGGUCAGUCGACAUGUGCGAGCUGUGGAAGAUGUGAGCGUGGGAAGUAUGAUGCCAUCUUUGAAUUUCAGCGAUGGCUCCAAAUCGACGUCGCCGUCAUUGACAUCUUUGUCACCUACAUUAGAAACUUCAUUGACAGAACUUAUUUCAUCAACACCGUUAUCAGAGCAGUCUGUUUCAACCUCAUCAGCAACAACGUCAUCAUCACUAUUACCAUUACCAUCAUCAUCGUUGUCAUCAUCACCACCAACAGUACAACCAUCACCGUAUGUAGUAACCAACGCAUCAACAGCCAGUACUAACGUUCUCAACCAGCCAACAUCAUCAUCCACAAUGAUGACAUCUACAUUAAUGACAACUAAUGCCUCAACCAGUGUUACAGAGUCACAGAAGAUUGCCAAUAUAAAUUCUUCACUAAUCACUAAUCAAUCCCUAAUUACUAAUUUAUCCCAACCAAUCCCUAACAGUAUGACUCCCGUCCCCACACGACCGCUGGUUUUAAAUGGCAACAGUAAGAAUCACCACAAGGAAUUUGCUUCUGGGCAUGCUAUAAAUUCCAAACUUAAAAAUAAUUUAUUUAAAAAUCCUUUGGAUACAAAAUUGAAUGACAUUGAAUCUGGUUUAACUCCUCCCACUUCUACUACUACUACUACUACUCGUGCUACUAUUUCUAAUGCUACUACAGCUGCUGCUAAUAAUACUUCUACUACUAAUGUUGCUUCUAUUACUACUACUACUACAAAAAGUAAUAAUGGAAGUUCAUUGGUUAUCUCAGCAUCGUCAUCGUCUCCAUCAAAAAUCUCAUCUCUUAGAUUUCCAGACAAUACAAGAAAUUUUAGUAAUAAUGCUACAAUCAAUCAUUUAAACAAUGUUACCUCUACUACAACUGCUACGACUUCUACUAGUACUGCUACUACUUCUACUACAACUGCUACUACUUCUACUACUACAGCUACUACUACUACUGCUACUACUUCUACUACUACAGCUACUACUUCUACUACUACUGCUAACAAUUUAACUUUCGUUACUCUCGCUUCUGCACCUAAGUCACCUACAACAACCACAACAGCCAAACAGGUAACAAGUUCCUCUCGAAAAAAGUCUGACGUUGAGGAAGUGAUUGCUACCUCAAAAGCUGCUACUGCUGCCACCGUUACUACAUCUACUACUACUACUCCUACUGCUACUACUCCUACUGCUACUACUGCUAUUACUGCUAUUACUGCUACUAGUUUUGGAGUUAUUCAAGGUAGCAUUGAACAUGAAACAUCCACUCCGAUGGUUAAAGUUAUAAAUCUAAAAAAUACUAUCUCCAAUUUAAACAUUAAUCACAAAGUUUCUAGUAACAAAAGUAGCAACAAUAGUAACAACGAUAAUAAUAAUAAUAAAAGUAAUUUUCAUUGGGAUGUUUUGUACCUAGAAAACCUAAAAUCUUUUGUCAAAAUUAUUUGCGUAUAUACUGGGUAUCAUUUCACAGGAUUUUUGAUAGGAUCAGUUAUAAUAGUGAUAACAUCUUUGUCGUUAUUCGCUACCUACAAGCUAUUUGUCAACUAUACGAACGUUAAAAAUUACACAAAAGUCGAGCAGAAAGCUAAGCAGCGUGCAGACAACUGCUUGAGAUAUAAAUCCUACGUUGUCUGUGGCGGAGCGCGUUUUUUCAUUGGUAUUAUAUCGCUAUGUGAGGUUGUUUUAGCUGGUUUUAUGCCCUUCAUGAUAGGUUAUUUUGAUUCUACUGAGUUAAAUUCAAAUAUAACGCUGUGGUUAUUUUUUAGUUUUCUAUUUUGGCUGUCCUUCUUUAUCGGUAGGUGUUUGUAUUAUUUAUUUUCGGCAAGCAAGUUGCCGGAGUUGUUCAUAAUGAUUUCAGGACUUCUUGGCUCGUUAGCGUGUGCAUUUGCUAUGUUCAUUGCGUCGAACUUUUAUCAUGCUAUAUCCUCUUACGUCCUAAUCAUUUUAUUCUCAUUACUCGCGCUUUUCAUGUCCGUUUUAAAUCCGUCUGCUACAAAUUACUUCAACAAAUUCGCUCUUUCACAUGCUGUCGACUUAGUGCAAGACCCAACUCAAUAUUUCGCCGAGAUUUUUGUCGCCACGAACCUGCGAUACCUUCCCGUCCGAUUGGAGCCUGGUUAUUUGAUAACAGCGCUGAUGAUUUUUCUAGUAAUUUCUUCUAUAUAUCUGCCAGUUUUUUGUUUAGUCGUGAAAUAUUUUAGAACUAAUUUCGCGGUGCUGGACUCGAGGAAUUCUCAGGACGACGAAAGACUUAAAAAAAUUAACACUGGCACUCAGAUAGAGGAAGAAGAGGAGAUGAUAUGUACGAAUUUCGAAGGCUCAACGUCUUGCAAUAGACCCUUGCUAUCUAGUUAA